AUGAGCAAACCAGAGAGAGAGAGAGAGAGACAGAGAGAGAGAGAGAGAGAGAGAGAGAGAGAGAGAGAGAGAGAGAGAGAGAGAGAGACAGAGAGAGAGACAGAGAGAGAGAGAGAGAGAGAGAGAGACAGAGAGAGAGACAGAGAGAGAGAGAGAGAGAGAGAGAGAGACAGAGAGAGAGACAGAGAGAGAGAGAGAGAGAGAGAGAGAGAGAGAGAGAGAGACAGAGAGAGAGAGAGAGAGAGACAGAGAGAGAGAGAGAGAGAGAGAGAGAGAGACAGAGAGAGAGAGAGAGAGAGAGAGAGAGAGACAGAGAGAGAGAGAGAGAGAGAGAGAGAGAGAGACAGAGAGAGAGACAGAGACAGAGAGAGAGACAGAGAGAGAGAGAGAGAGAGAGACAGAGAGAGAGACAGAGACAGAGAGAGAGACAGAGAGAGAGAGAGAGAGAGAGACAGAGAGAGAGAGAGAGAGACAGACAGAGAGACAGAGAGACAGAGAGAGAGAGAGAGAGAGAGACAGAGAGAGAGAGAGAGAGAGACAGAGAGAGAGAGAGAGAGCGAGAGAGAGAGAGUUUCUCUGUGUUGUCUCUUUAACUCUGUGGCUCUAAAACAGUUGAAGUGUGUUUCUGCUCGAUGA